GGCCCUUUUGCAAAGGAUCUUUCCAGAUAUGAACCCUACUGGCAAUUGAGAGCGGACGGAGCUCAUCAAUCGUCGUUCUCGCCGAAACAUUGAAGAUCUGCAGCAAUGGGAGCAGUAUCUCUAUCGUGGCAAGUCCUUUCUUUCCUCUUCUUGCUUCUCUUGGCUUCCUCUGAUGCUGCUUCCUCUCACUGCGCCUACCAAGGUCCUAUUGUGAGAAACAUAAGCAAUGCAUUUCAAAGUAACUUUGGAAGAGGGGGAUUGUCACAUAUCACCAUUGCUGGUGCACUUUCCCAUGGACUUAAGGAGGUUGAGGUUUGGCUUCAAACAUUUUCUCCUGGAUCUCGGACACCGAUCCAUAGACACUCAUGUGAAGAGGUGUUUAUAAUAUUGAAAGGAAAAGGCACCCUCCUGCUUGCAUCAAGCUCAUUUAAUCACCCUGGGAAACCUAAUGAGUUUCCUAUUUAUACAAAUGCCACAUUUAUUGUUCCUGUGAAUGACCCACAUCAGAUAUGGAACACAAGUGAAGAUGAGGAUUUACAGUUACUUGCUAUAGUAUCUCGCCCACCAGCCAAAAUAUUUAUUUACAAUGACUGGGACAUGCGACAUGCAGCGGCCAAAUUAAAGUACCCUUAUUAUUGGGACGAGGAAUGUUUGUAUCAGCCUAAGGAUGAGCUUUGAUAUUCUUAUACUCAAGACAUUAGUUCAUCAUUUAUAUAUGAUGACUGGUACAUGCCCCACACUGCAGCCAAAUUGAAGUUCCCUUUUGAUUGGGAUGAGGAUUGCUAUGAUCAACCUAAGGAUGAAUUGUGAUAUUCUUUUGACUGCAGGGUUUGAAAAUAUUAGUUUGUAAAAUGUUUGUUCUUUGCAUUAAAUAGUAUCAAAAUUAUAUACUUCAUCUACAUCGAAACGUACCUGUUAUACUUUUAUUCGGAUGAAUCAGAGUUUGUCAAGUUAUAUAGCAAAUUUGCAUGUAUUAUAGCACAGAGUGAUUCAAGAAAAUUUUCUGGGGGUAUGAUGUAUUGCAUAAAAGUUAUUCAAAAUGAUUUGUUUGUUAUUUUCA